GCAGUGCGAUGAUUAAUCUGCAUUGACCAGUGGCUUGUGUGCCGCCCUAGAAGAAGAAGGGCUUGCGAUGCUGAUUAGCUUUUCACGUGACGGGUUUGACGCUGGCCUUUGGCCAUGCAGCAUCCACUACACCACUCGCUGGUGUUCAUUGAUUGCCACGUGUAAUGGUACGCUAGUCCGAGGCUGGUAGUUGGCGCAAUACAUAAACAGCUGCCGGAUGAUCCGGAUGGUUCAGUAGGCGUUAACGUGAGACGCUACCGAGUCGAGUGAGUGAGCUACGAUCAGCGAACCGAAAGCCAGCAGCCAGCUCGAAUGGCACAGAGGAAGGAUAAAAAUUUGGCCGGUGUAGUGUAUGGGGUGGAAGAUUUUCGUGUGGAAGAAAUCCCCAUACCCCGACCACGCGAUCAUGAGGUCCUGAUCGAGAUGGAUUGUGUGGGUAUCUGUGGUUCGGAUGUGCAUUACAUCUCGCACGGUGGAUUCGGUGACUACAAGCUGAAGGACAAGCUAGUGUUGGGCCACGAAUCGUCCGGCGUGGUGAGAGAGGUGGGACGCACGGUGACGAACCUGAUGGUGGGUGAUCGUGUCGCGAUAGAACCAGCGAUUGGCUGUCGCACCUGCCGUCAGUGCAAGGCGGGUCGGUACAAUCUCUGCCCGGAAGGUGUUUACUGUGCGACGACGGGCCACGGGAAUUUGUGCAACUACUACACGCACGCGGCCGAUUGCUGCUUUAAGCUGCCGCCGAAUGUGACGAUGGAAGAGGGCGCCCUGCUGGAACCGCUCGCCGUUGCCGUUCACUGCUGCCGGCGGGGUGGGGUCGGGAUCGGUAGUACGGUGCUGGUGCUGGGUGCCGGACCCAUCGGGCUCGUUACGAUGCUGGUGGCUAGGGCGAUGGGUGCGGCCAAGGUGUGCGUGAUCGAUCUGAUGGAAAGUAAGCUCGAGCUGGCGAAAUCACUCGGAGCCGAUGCGAUUCUGGCCGUCAGUGGGCACGAUGCGCAGGAAGAUAUGGUGAAGCGGAUCCAUCUGUUGCUUGGCACUGCUCCCGAUAUAAGCAUCGAGUGUACUGGGGCGGAAGCGUGUGUGCAGCUAGCAAUAGCGGCCACCGUUCCGGGCGGUGUCGUGACGCUGGUGGGUAUUGGAGCUAUACUGCAGCGCAUCCCGAUCACGACUGCGCUGGUACGGGAGAUCGACAUCCGUACGGCGUUUCGCUAUGCAAACUGCUACCCGGCAGCACUGGCCAUGGUGGCCAACGGUACGAUCGAUGCGCUCAAGCUGAUAACCCACCAUUACGAGCUGACCGAAUCGGAGCAAGCGUUCAAGACGGCACGGUACGGGCUGGAUGGGGCGAUCAAGGUGAUGAUCCACUGUCAGCCAAGGAAUAAAAAUAAUCCCCAACGAAAGGUGUAACCCAAGGUCCAGUUUCGACGCAAAUCCGAGCGUGUAACGGGAGAGCCAAUAGAGCCAAUAAAUCUUGAUAGUAUUUACCUACUCAA